UUAUAUUCCGAACUAAAAUCCGGAAUCCCAAACGGCACGUCCAUUUACGCUAAGUGCACAGACCCACAACCCCCAGACCUGUAAAUAAGACCAUGCUUUAAAUUGUGAGAAUUUGAGCAACCGCGAUGGAAGAGGAUAUCGACAUCUACGAGGAUUUGCCCAACUUCAACGUAGAGGAAGAUUGUAACCUUGCUAAAAAGAACAAGGAGCUUACAGAAAAAUGUUUCAACUUAGAGAAACAAGUAUCUGAACUUUCUACAAAAUUGGAUUCUUUGCAAAAAGCAAACAAGACUUUGGAAGUUAAUCUAUCUUCUUUGCUUAAGACAGCGAGGGCUGAAAUUUCUAGGAAGGAUAGAAUGAUCGCUGAGACUAGGGAAGAACUGAGUAAUGUAGUAUUUAGACGUGGUUUUUAUGGGAGAUCAACUGAAGCCAAAGAGAGGCGCUCAUCCAAAUUAUUUGGAAGGCAUAUCAAAAAGGAAACAGUGUCUUCCUUGGAGAAUAAUAUAGUGACAUCCAAUUAUACUGAAUCCACAGAAUAUUUUUGCACUGUUCCCUCAAGUGCUUAUCAGAAUCAAGAUGAAGAUACAGAGCAGAAAUAUGAACCGGAAAAAGUAGUAAAUACCGUAUUUGGUAAGCGCUUACGUAAAAAAUUAACCGAACAACAAGAAUUAGAGCAAAUACAGAAAGAACAAAAGAAGGAACAGGAGAGACUUGCUCGUGAAGAAGAGGCCAUUAAAACUCUUGCCAUAACUGAGGCUAAUAAAGGAAGCGCAAUUGAUAAUAAGGAGAAUCAAUCACAAUGCGAAAAAGUUCCUAGUCUUAGUUCAACUGACAUUCUUAAUUCAUCCAAUAAUGCAUCAGCUUCUUCCAAGCACAGAGCAAUUCUAGUACACAAACAUGAGAGAAAACGAAUAAACAAUGAAGAAGGAAACAAAGAGGAUUGUAAAAGAAUAAAAUUGGUCCAGGAUAGAUCAGAAUACAAUAGAAGACAACGAUACAUGGAAAAGUUAACAAAUUCUCACAGUGACCAAUCUCAAAGUGCAAAUCAGUACCAACACGCGAAAAAGGACUCACGUGAUGACUGGAAAUUCAAUGAAAUAGGCGAAAGUUCUAUCGCAGAAGAUUCUGAGUACAAAUUUAAUUCAUUACCAACUGAAGAACGGAAAAAUAAUCAUCCUGACGAUAUAGUAUCCACUAAUGCUAAAACAACUGAUGACAAACACAUAAGAGUUACCUCAAGACUCAUGCUACUUGCUGAAGGUAUCGAUCCUGACCGUUCUAAUAUUCCAUAUAUUGAUCGAAGCAAAAGACUUUCUGAGAUCAAAAGGGAUAGCAGCCUGGAUGAUAGAAAUCGCUCCAGAAGCCGUGAUCGAGAACUACGCCAUGAUAAAGGUAGACGUUAUAGGUCUCGCAGUAGAUCACAAGAGAAAAGAUACGACAGGCGACCCAUUAGGAGUCGAGACGAAAGGUAUAGAAGUUCACGAGAUAGGUUCGAGAAGAGACGAGAUUAUAGGAAUAAAGAUGGUGACAGCCUCAGUGAAUUUAGCAGGGAAAUUUGUGAUUUACGGGAACGAAUUGAAAAUAAAUGUGGUGAAGACAGAGACUCGAAGGACAGUCAUUCCAGCAAAAAUAGAAAACACGAGUCUAGACCGAAAAAGGAUAGAUCUAAGAGUCGGGAUAGUAAUACUAACAGCGGUAUUGACAAAGGUGGAAAACAAUCUAGAGUAUCUAAUAAAAUUAUUUCUGAUAAUACAAGGAUAACGUCGUCAAACUGCACCAGAGACGAGUCAAGUAGAAAAUUAAAAUUAAAGGCAUUUAACAAGAGCAGUAAAGACAAGAAUGCGGAAACUGUUAGCUUACAAUCUUUGGAAGAUGGUGAAAUUCUUGAUACUCCAAAUUCUAGUCCAAAAAAAGCCAGUUCGUGUAAAAUUAAAAAUCCAAUUGAUUGUAGAAAAGAGUCUUCAAAAAAUCCAAUAGAUGUCAAUGUGGAUAACGCCAACAUACAUAAGGAUUGCGAUAAUUCGAUAAGAAAUGUUACAGAGGAAGUAUCUAGUAAAUGCUCCGAUUACCAUUUGAAUUCUUCCAAGGAUGAAAGAAUAGAAAAUAUUGAGUUAUUUAUACAAAACUAUGAUUCAAAUGAGGCUCAAUUGGAAUUAGCAAGUACUGAUCUAAGUGCUGUCGAGAAAGAAACAAAAUUAACUUACUCAGCCGGGAAUAUUGAAGACGUUUUGGAGAAAAGUGGUAGUGAAAUUAUAGAAAACAUAGGAAAUAGUGCUCACCUUUCAGAAAGUUGUGGAAAGCUGGAACUGGAGUGCAUAAAAAAUAUGAAGGGAAACAAAGAAAUUAAUACAACAUCAACAAUAACUGAUAAUUACCAAUAUGUAAAGAUACAAUCAUCUGCAAAUGAUGCUGUGCCAUUACAAAAAGAGCAAAUAAAAUUAAAAGAGGGUGUUAAAAAUAGGAGUAGCAGUCCUAAAUGUUUGAACCAUAUAGAUGAUAAAGUGCCAAACAGUAAAUCUGGUAUGCACCUUCUUCAGUCAACAUAUUUUGGAAACAAAAAUGAAGUAAUGUUAACAGAUACAAAUUCCAGUAAUCAUCAAAUAAUACUAGAGCAUGAAGUUAACCAAGAGAAUUCUGUUAACAAUAAUAGUAUCGUAAGAAGUUUGAUGAACUGUGAUAAUCAAGCAAAUAUUCAAGAAGAAUAUACAAGAACUAUCGACAACAAUAAAAAUCUACAAGACGCUGUUGAACAGUUCGCUGAUAACUCAUUAAUGGAAAAUUCUAUGAAGAAAAUAGAUGCAAAUAACAAAAUUGUUAUAAGUAAAGAGAUUGAUGACAGUUGUAAAAAUCAUACGGCUCAAGUAGAAAAUCAAUCUCAUAGCAAUGAAAAUGAAUUAAAUAUAACUUCAGAUGAUAUUGUGCAACCAAGAAAAAUUAAUGAUGAUUUAGAAGCAAUUAAAACAAUUGCAGUAAAUAAUUUAGAUAAAAGCGAAAGCAGCAGUACUGAUUCGGAUACUGAUUCUGGUUCAGAAGAUUUAUCAGAUGCCUCUAACAUUUCAAAUGCCAGUGAAUUAAAUCAUUUGUCUGAUGAACCAGAAGACAUGAAGCCCUCAAAAAAAGUUGUAUGUCCUAUAAAAUCUACCUCAGCAAACAAGAAUGCUCCUGUGACAAAGAAGGUACUUGUGAAGUCCCCAAAGAAACAAUGUAAAGUCAUUGUCGUUGCACGACGUAGGAAACCAGUUCAGUUGUCAGACACCCCAGCAUCAAUGACAGUUGUUUUGACGACAAAUUCUGCCAAUCAUUCAGCUUGUACAAGCAAAAAUUACGAUGUGAAGUAAAUUUCUCCAAAAUAUUCUGAAUAUCGUCACUCAAAUGAAAAAACGAUUGAAUCGUUGAAUAAACGAUUAAUUCAGUAACACUGAGUCAGUGCAUUUUGUCUAUAAGACAACAGUAACUUGUGAAAACACAGAUUCACAAAAAUGCCUUUUUGAAAAGACUACGCAGAGAUCCUUUAACGAUAUGCAAAAGAAAGUCUCCACGCACAAAAUUUUAAUAUUUUAAACAGUUUCCUUCGUUGACAUUUUUUGUUACUGGGCGUUAUAUCGUUAACAACACACUUGUAUAACUGAGGUAUUUUAGGUGAAUUAAAUUGUAACAAAAUAGGAAAAUUAUUUUUAAAUAGCGUCUUGCAAGGCGUACUUGUUUUCCAUGUAUCGUGCUCCAGUUUAUGUGGCUGCGAGAUGCGAGAAACUAUAGUGUGUAAAUAAUAAAAAUAAAGUUACUCAUAUUCAA